AUGAGUUUCAGAGGUAGUAGUAGAGGUGGCCGUGGAGGUUUUGGCGGUAGAGGAGGCCGCGGAGGGGCUCGUGGAGGUGCUAGAAUGCCACAGGGUCCUCCAGACACUGUUUUGGAGAUGGGCUCUUUUAUGCAACCUUGUGAAGGUGAUAUUGUUUGCCGUUCGAUAAAUACCAAGAUUCCAUACUUCAAUGCCCCAAUAUAUCUGGAAAAUAAGUCUCAGAUCGGUAAAGUUGAUGAGAUCUUGGGUCCAUUGAAUGAAGUUUUCUUUACUAUAAAGUGUUCUGAAGGUGUUCAAGCGACGAGUUUUAAGGAUGGCGAUAAAUUUUACAUUGCUCCUGAUAAAUUGUUGCCAAUUGAAAGGUUUUUGCCCAAGCCAAAGGUCGCUGGACCACCAAAACCAAAGAAGAAGAAGCCUUCUGGUAGAGGUGGAGCUCCUGGUGGCCGUGGUGGCCGUGGUGGCUUCAGCAGAGGUGGUUCUAGAGGCGGUUUCGGUGGUGGCCGUGGUGGUGGAUUCAGUAGAGGUGGGUCCCGUGGUGGAUUUGGCGGAGGUCGCGGCGGUUCCAGAGGUGGAUUUGGUGGUUCUCGUGGUGGAUUCAGAGGCGGUCGUGGUGGUAGAAGGUGA